UGAAGUGAAAAGUGCGUUUUAGAAUGAUUACUGCGAAAAAGAGAUAGGGAGGGAGAGAACGGGGGAAGAGAUUAAGCGGACUGCACACAACUGUUGUCUUAAUCCUCUGAGCGGAUAGAUUUAGCAAAAAAGGAAAAACGGCUCUGGAACGCAGCAGCCAUAUUGUAUGGAAUAUUCCUGGAGUAUUUUGUUCCCACUUUUAUGCCUGAAGCCCGUUCUCAAACUUCAACCACGGCGUCUUGGGGAGCAUAUUUGAACUCUGGCAGCGGGACCUGUUACCGCUAGCUAUUAAACUGGCUGCCAAUUUCAACGUAGCAUACUGACAUUGCGCAGGUUUUGGUGCGAGCCACUGCCUGUCAGUUUUUACAAAUAUAUUAACUUAUUUUAUUUUGCAUAUUUUUUAGCGUAGUUGGUUGUUUCAGACAUGAAGGACCGAUUGGAGCAACUCAAAGCGACGUGUGACACUGAUGAUGCAGAUGAUGUGGAGAUUGCUGUGGACAAUGCAGCGUUUAUGGACGAGUUCUUUUCCCAGAUUGAAGACAUCAGGGGUAGCAUUGACAAGAUUGAUGAAAAUGUUGUUGAAGUGAAGAAGCUUUACUCAGUUAUACUCUCCGCUCCCACAUCAGAACAGAAAACACAAGAUGACCUCGAGGCUAUCACAAACGACAUUAAAAAGAUGGCUAACAAUGCCCGAAACAAACUUAAGACCAUUGAGAGGAAUUUGGAAACGGACCAAGAAGAAAGGGUGUCUGCUGAUAUGAGGAUACGCAAGUCACAGCAUGCUGUUCUAUCACGGAAGUUUGUCGAAGUGAUGACGAAGUACAACGAGGCUCAGGUGGAUUUCAGAGAGAGGAGUAAAGGACGUAUCCAGAGGCAGCUAGAGAUCACUGGUAAAGCCACCACUGAUGAUGAGUUGGAGGAGAUGUUGGAGAGUGGAAAUGCAGCAGUCUUCACUGCAGGGAUUGUAGAUUCCAACAUGUCUAAGCAGGCUCUGAGUGAGAUUGAGGCACGACAUAAGGACAUUGUGCGCCUGGAGAGCAGCAUUAAGGAGCUGCAUGACAUGUUUGUAGACAUCGCCAUGCUAGUAGAGAGCCAGGGAGAUGUUAUAGACAACAUUGAGGUGAAUGUAUCCAAAUCAGUGGAUCACAUAGAAGUGGCAAAAUCUGAGACCAAAAAAGCAGUUAGGUAUCAGAGCAAAGCUAGAAAGGGUGGCAUCAUUGACCGGAUUGAGAGCAAUGUGGACCAGUCGGUGGGCUUUGUGGACAGGGCUGUGGCAGACACCAAAAAGGCUGCCAAGUACCAGCAGGAGGCGCGGCGUGUGAGUUGCUCAGUGGAGAACGGUUCCAUUCCCAAAGACCCAGCAUUAAAACCCUCGUUGCUCCCUUUUCUCCUGCUCUUCCUGCCUUCUCUUGUUUUGCCGAACCUCUCCUCAGCUUUCUUCUCCUCUCCUAAUCGCCUGAUCCUUGUUAACAGAUGGAUGUUGCCUCCUUGUGAAGAAGAUCAUUUUGGUCGUGGUCUGUGCUGUGCUGGCUGUCAUAAUCAUCACCAUCAUCAUCUCACAAACAGUCUGAGGAUAUACUCCCACCUUCCUGUUAUCUCAGCAACUCCUUCAUUUCAUCCUCACAUCACUCCUCUGCAUUCACAAGUCACAAAGGAAGGGAAAGAGGAGUUCUCUCCCAGGCUUUGUCACAGACAUGAGCCCUCCCCUCCCCUCCCACCACUGCUGACUAAUGGAAUGUCUGCAUGGUGAGGGAACGUGUAGCUGCUAUGGAAACCAGUCUUUGAAGCUGCUCAUGAACUUGAUUAGAGGGACAUAGGGGAUAAAUGCAUUUUUUUUUUUUUUUUUUUUUUUUAAACUUGAAAACUGUCUUACACAAGACAUUGGAUCAUGGGUUAACAAGAGAGCAUUCAGGGGUUAUCCAGGUGAGUAAAACAAAAGAAAAGGAAGACUUAAGUUAUCUUGUCCGCAAAAUUUCAAUCUUAACUGGGACUGAACUCUCUGACUGACUUCCCUUGACUCUUUUAAGUUUAAACCAAACUUAAUUUUUUUGCCAAAGAAGCAUUUCACCUGUUAUUUUUUAAGAAGUAAAAACAAUGUUAUAUUUUUAUUUUAAAGGUAGCCUGCACUCCUUAUUUAACACCGUGAAAACACACUCAUUUUAAAUUCCUUGAACAUUUCGAGACCAAAGGUGACCGGCUCACCAGUGAUUCUCAUAUUAGCGGGAUCUUGUCGUGGCUGUGUGAAAAAAGUGUUGCCCACUGACGUGAAAUAAAUGGGACUAAAUGACUCUAGACUACCACAGGGGGGCAAGGUUGGGGCGUAGAUUUUGGUGGGUAAAUUGGUGUUCUUUCCAUAACGUACACUGUUCCAAAAAUAUGAUUACAUGUGAAACUAAAAGAGUGGUUGUCUUCUUUAGACUUUAGUGGCUGAUCUCAGAAUAGAGGGUGAUUUUGUCCUUGAUUGGCUCUGCAGAACCCAAAGUAUAAAUGAACAAACAAUGCCCCCCUGGUAUCCCUCUUCAUAUAAGGGAUUUGUAAGAUGAUGAAUGUGAUAUUAAAUUGUAUAUGUCUGUGAAUGCCAAAGAUUUUAACUGAGUAAUAAAAGAUGUUAUAUUUUUAAA